AUUCAUGAGUCAGUAUCGAUAGGCACAUUUUCAAAUAAGUAAAGCUAAAUAGCGUUAUAACGUAAGCUUCUUCGGAAUCUGAAUCUCGUAUCAUCUGGUCAAAACAAUACCCUUCCUCAGUCUAGUAAAAAGUGAAUGGGGUUUGUAAGGUUUGUUCAUAUGCCUCUGCUACCCACAGGGGAUUAAAAAAAAAUUUGCUAUACAUUGUCUUUAGAACAUCACAUCAAUCAGCAAUAAAUUUUAUCGAUCAGAAGCAGAAAGAAACGACAACGACAAUUAAAAAUGUUAUUCACUUCCGGUACAAAGUGUUGCGUGCUAAAAUAAACUGCAUUAUUUUAGCACUUGCCACACUAGCAAACCGUCAGUCGGGAACUCGACAAACUGUCAAAUAAAUUGUCAAAUAUUAGUGAUUACUGUCAGUCACGCACGUAUUGCAUCUUUUUUGCUUGGAUGAUUGUUGGUUGGUCGGUCGGUUGAUACUGUGCAUACGACAUCAGUCAUCAAGUUCACAGCUCGUAAAAUCAAUGUAAGUUCAUCAGUUUUCCUACAUUAUUGUGAAUAUACCAUAAAACUCAUCAUGAGUGAUGAAGACUCUAUACCACCGAGUGAUACUGAGUCUCAACGCAUAGAAGAAGAUUUUAUUAAAACUUAUAAGAAUUUAUCUGUACUUUGGGAUACCAAAAAUAACUAUUAUACCAAUAAAUACAAACGGAAUGAAGCUCUAGAUGUGUUACUAGAUAUCAUGAAGAAAUCAAAUCCGUCUGCAAAUCGAUACAGCGUACGAAAAAAAAUCAACAGUUUAAGAUGUUCUUUUAGAAAAGACUUAAUUAAACAUUUGUCUUCGAAGCGUAUUAAUGAAAAUGGUGAAGAAAUUUAUGAAUAUAAACCUACUAAUUGGAAGUUUUACGAACUGAGAUUCCUUGAAAGAGAGGACGAUGCUAAUGAUAACAGUUUUACUGAAGUUAAAAUAGAUGACAGCUCGUUUCUAGAGGUUAGUGCCGACGAAUUGGCGUUUGGACAUGAGAUUAGUUCGUCUCCUGUUAGCGAUGUUUUGGCUACAACUAAUGAACCGGCGACAAAAAGACGUAAAAGCAAAAAGAUGACGAAUUGCGUAAAGAUUGAAGAAGUAGACACUAAUGAGUAUCGUAAUAUAGAAGAGGUAGACCAGGAUUUGAUUGACAGAGAACUUGAAGCCAUAGGAGCCAAUGUGACUUGUAAACUAAAGAGAAUGAAUUCGCUGCAAAGAUAUCAUGCAGAAUUGUUAAUUAAUAAAGUUUUAAUAUCUGGCUUGAAGAACAAUUUAACUGAUGAUACGGACUUGACUGACAUUUAUAGACCGUAACUUACACACAAGGAAUUUAGAAGUAAGGCAGUGGAAUUACUGUUACAAAGAGCUCGUUGUAACAUUAGUUUUACAUACUUACAUUAUAUACAUUAAAUUAGUCAGUAGGUUAGGUACCUACAUUAAUUUACGGUACGCAAUAGGUAUCAAUAUUGAUUAUUUUCAUAAAAUAUUGUUUCAUCCUGUGUUACCACUAUUUUUGUUUGUUAAUUUCAAAGUGGCGCUGAAUAUUUUUCGUUUUCUUGUCAUGUAAUAUAAUUAAAACUGAUUCAGAAUAGGUGCAAUAGUGUAAGUACAUCAAUACGAAUUACAUAAACAUUGUUGCCAUAAGGAUAAAACUGUGAUAAUAAACUUACUUUAUUAUAAUCGUUUAUUUAUUUGAUGUUACCUAUU